UUAACCUGAGGGUCUAGGGGAGCCUCAUGUAUGCCUUCAACUUCUUUUAUUUGCUGCUGAUGUAAAAAAAUAAUCGCAGACAGCUGGCUCUUUUUGUUUAUUUACAGGCACGUCCUUGGCAACCGUUAUGGUUAGACUGAUAAUUUAAUGAGGAGAUUCUAAGUGGCAUCAAAUAAAGUGGACUGUCACUAUGUAUGUAACACACAAUGCACAGAUUACAAAGAAUGCUAAUACUAGGUGUAGAAGAGGUUGGGCUCCACCAGUCACAUGCCUUAGAGACCAGAUUGUUUACAGUGGUAGUAGUUAACAGGACAAAGAGACUCCGUCAAUAAAGCCAGAAACUUUCGCUGAACUGCCAGGAAGACAUAUACAGCAAAAUAAAGGAUGACGGACCCCUCCUUGAUAGAUCAUAUGACUAGGCUAAAACUCAAACUACUGGAGAAGAGAUUAGAAAAUGAGCGUGAAAUUGCUGAUGAUUCAUCUGAUACAGAAGUUACAACAGCAAGGAGUUAUGAUGGACAGGAAGAUGCUCUACAAUCUGCAUUACGCAGGAGGAAGGAUUUGCUGCACAAACUGAGAGAACAACACCUCCUAGAAGAGAUAGCCCGGCCACAUACCUGGGAAGGGACCCGCAGGAAAAAGAUCAGUAUAGAACCUGUUGCUGCCCCAAUGCAUAUUUACCACACAUCACCUCCACCAGAACCACUAGUGCGCUUUUAUCCUCCUCCUCCACCACCAGAGCCUCCCAGGAUCAUUCAGCAGCAGUUACCCCAGCAACCAGCAACCAUAAUUCAGCAGCUACCUGCACAGCCACUUAUCACUCAGAUUCCUCCUCCACAGGCCUAUCAGCCACCACGCUCAGGCAGCAUUAAAGAAGACAUGGUGGAGAUGAUGCUUAUGCAGAAUGCCCAGAUGCAUCAGAUCAUUAUGCAGAACAUGAUGCUGAAAGCACUGCCUCCUAUGGCUCUGUCACAACCUGCCGGAAAUGUACCAUCUGCCCCAUCUCAGUCCCACCAGGAUCAUAACUAUGUCAACCCUGUGGUGCUUAGAGCAGAGAAGGCGCGUCCCACCUCAGUACACCACCAUCACCACUAUACACCUCCUGGCCUUCCUGCAGCUCCACCAACACUACAGCCACCAUUUGGCUAUCCAAUGUGGUCUCAGAUGAUGCCAUCAAACACCAUGGGGCACAUGGGUGGAAUUCCCCAUGCAGUGCAUCAUGUUACUGGCCCAACUACAACACUACCAGCAAUGAAUAUUGUAGGAAUGGAUGGAAUCACCCCCAGAGUGCCGAGCAUACUAUAAGACCCUAAGGCGGAUAAGAUAUAUCCCAGAAGUAGCAGGAAAAGACGACUAUGCAUAUUGUACAAAAUGAAAAACUGAAGAUGAAGCUUGAUAAGAAGAUACACUUAUCCAUACAAAAUGGCUGUAAGGCCUUCCCAAGGUGACAGACUGAAAUUCCAGGAUGCUUGCCACCAAGCUUUAUACUCAGGAGAUCCUUCCAACUAUGUACGGGUAGACUGUGUGCCUGAUUUACCAAUGAGCCAAGUGAGGUGAAUUGCAUUGAAAAGAAGUGAACAUCCAAUCGUGUUCAGAGAAAUUAAAUAACAUAACAUUUUUUGACUAUGACUAAGAGCUGCAUGAUUCUGGAUAAAAUGAGAAUCGCAAUUUUUUUUUGCUUAGAAUAAAGAUCACGAUUUUCAGCGU